CCAUGAACAGUAACCAGCAAAAAAUUAGCAACAAAAAGCAAAGUUUCAACCAUGAUAAUAUUCCUCAAAGCAAAAUAUUGCCACAGCUCUCAGGUCAAACAAACCACCAGUUGUUGCUUGGAUUAAGCACAAGGCAGCCAGCACGCGGGUUGACCCUGCAACCUCCGACGCAGUCUGAUCACCAUCAUAUCAUUGCUCCAUAACAUCCGAUAUCAUCCAUCAAUCCCAUCUUAUCCCCAUGUGACGAUCCAUGAAACACCAUCGCCAUCAGCAGUAAGCAGAUCAUCAGGGGUCUCCGCCAUGGAGUCGUCGGCGGCGAGGAGGCAGCCCAGCACGAGCAGCAGCAGCAUGAGCAGCCAGCAGGUCUCGGGCUUCAGCGGCUACAGCAAGGCGGCCUCCGACGGGUACCCGUACCCCUCCUCCUCCCCGGACACCUCCUACCGGCACCGGCGGCAGGCCUCCUCGUACAGCGCGCCGUUCUCUUCCCAGCUGAGCCGGAGCUCCACCCGCAGCAGCAGCAGCUCGUUCAAGGCCGCGGCGCGGGGCGUCGCCGGCGUGUUUGGCACCUGCUUCGUGCCCCGGGUCAGGAAGGCCGAGGCAGAGCAAGAACGGGAGGUCUCCCAGGUCUCUAGGGGAAGCAGGAGCGCAGGCUUCCAUGUCUCCACGGAUUCAGGGACAGAGGGUGCAGGGCUCACCGCUGCAGACAUAUUCAGAGCAACAUCGAACUUCAGCGAGAAGAACAUGGUGAGGGAGGGAGCUUCUUGCAGCGUCUUCAAAGGGAAGCUCAGGGACGGGUCCCAAGUUGCCGUCAAGCGUGCCAGAAAGUUAAACGGUCAGUAUCUAUCUGCUGAACUUGCCAGGGAGCUCGAAACGCUUCAGAAGAUCGAGCACCAGAACUUGGUGAGGUUCCUCGGGUUCUUCGAGCAGAGAGACGAAACUCUGAUCGUCGUCGAGUACGUCGACAAUGGCUCCCUAAGGGAACACUUGGAUGAGUCGCGCGGAACCGGGCUAGAACUUGCGCAGCGGCUCAACAUCGCGAUCGACGUGGCUCACGCUAUCACCUACCUACACGAAUACGCAGAACGGGCGGUGAUCCACCGGGACAUCCGGUCGUCGAACGUGCUGCUGACGGGCGCGCUGGCGGCGAAGGUGGCCGGGUUCGGGCUGGCUCGGGUGGCCAGCGACGGCGAGGCGACGCAGGUGACGACGCAGGUGGUGGGCACGGCCGGGUACCUGGACCCGGAGUACCUGGGCACGCUCCAGCUCACGGACAAGAGCGACGUCUACUCCUUCGGCGUCCUCCUCGUCGAGCUCGUCACCGGCCGGCCGCCCAUCGAGCGCCGCGGCGGCCUCGAGCCCCGCGCCACCACCAAGUGGGCGCUGCAGAAGUUCCGGGGAGGCGACGCGGUGGUGGCCAUGGACCCGAGGAUGCGGCGGAGCCCGGCAUCGGUGGCGGCGGUGGAGGGGAUGCUCCGGCUGGCCGAGCAGUGCGUCAUGCCGGCGAGGCAGGACCGGCCGUCCAUGCGGCGGUGCAACGAGGCGCUGUGGACCGUGCGAAGGGACUUCCACCGGAGGCAGGAGCCGCGGCAGGAUGGGCCGGCCGCCGGCGGCGGCGUCGGAGACAGGAGCUCCGAGUGGGUUAGCCGAUGACGAUGCCUCCCAAGUUGCCGUCCCUGACCAGUGUUUAACUGUUUAUACCAAGGAAGAUUUGCAGUUUUCUUAGAAGAAGAUCAUUACACUUGUAAAGCGAAACCAACUUAUGAACUCGUAUUUUACAAA